AUUAUUUUGGCUAAAAGAAUGUGGCCCUGCCCCUGUUUAUUGCGUCACUGCGCUUUGUGUGCUUACGUCUGCAGCGCCUGCGCAGUGUAUAUGUUCGAUGUACGGGGUUUGCGCUGCUCUGCUGCCGCAGCAUAAGGAUCGCCAUGUCUAAAGAGCAUCAGACCCCUCGUGAGCCUGAGCAGCUCCGCAAGCUGUUUAUUGGUGGUCUCAGUUUUGAGACAACAGAUGAGAGCCUUCGGGCCCAUUUUGAGCAAUGGGGAACCCUUACAGACUGUGUGGUGAUGAGGGAUCCUAACACCAAGAGGUCGAGAGGUUUCGGCUUUGUAACCUACAGUUCAGGAAAUGAGGUCGAUGCAGCGAUGGAUGCUCGCCCGCACAAAGUGGAUGGGAGAGCAGUUGAACCCAAGAGGGCUGUAUCUAGAGAAGACUCAAGCAGACCAGGCGCUCACUCCACUGUCAAAAAGAUUUUUGUUGGUGGAAUCAAAGAAGACACAGAUGAGGAACACUUGCGCGAGUACUUUUGUCAGUUUGGUAAAAUCGAGGAGGUGAAUAUCAUGACUGAGAAAAACAGUGAUAAGAGGAGAGGCUUUGCCUUUAUCACGUUUGAUGACCAUGACUCUGUUGACAGGAUUGUCAUUCAGAAGUACCACACAGUGAAUGGACACAACUGUGAAGUCAGGAAAGCUCUCUCCAGGGAGGAAAUGAACAGGGUUUCAAUGAAUCCACGAGGUGGCCGAGGAGGAGGAGGAGGAGGAGGAGGAGGAGGAGGCGGCGGCGGCAGCAGUGGUGGUGGAAACUUUGGUGGGAGAGGAGGUGGAUAUGGAGGUGGAUAUGGUGGAGGAAGAGGAGGGUAUGGUGGAGGUGAUGGAUAUAAUGGCUAUGGAGGAAAUGGUGGCUAUGGUGGAGGCGGACCAGGUUAUGGUGGUAACCGUGGUUAUGGAGGUGGCGGCGGCAGUGGUGGCUAUGGCAACCAGGGAGGUGGAUAUGGUGGUGGCGGAGGCAGUGGCGGCUAUGACAACUACAACAAUGGUGGUGGAGGAGGCAACUUCGGAGGCAACUUUGGAGGGGGAGGAGACUACAAUGACUUUGGCAACUACAGUAACCAAUCUUCCUCUAAUUAUGGCCCAAUGAAGGGAGGAAACUAUGGUGGUGGGGGUGGAAGAAGCGGUGGUGCCCCAUAUGGUGGUGGUUAUGGAGGAGGCUCCGGUGGGGGUUAUGGGGGAGGCUCAGGUGGUCGGAGAUUUUAAAUUUCAGGGUAAGAAUUGCGCCACUUGUGUAAGCGGGUUGUGAGUUUUUACUCUGGCAUAAACUUAAGAUGCCCAACCGAUGCUAAUGUUAGUCCAUUCAUGAUUUAGACUGUAAAUUAGUAGAACCGUUGAUUUUCAGUGCAGGGAAUCCAGCAGCAAACCUUCAAACUUUUUAGCUAAGAUCCAGUAUUAAGACAAAUGUUGGUUAAGUUGCGUCCUUAAACGUCUGUCUGGCUGCCUUCACACGCAGACUCAUCCUCAUUGUCCUAACCAUACGGUCUUAGCUGACCUGAAGGUUUGCUUCUGCGCUUCUAAUAAUUCCACUCCAGAUGAGCUCUUAAUGAAGACAAAGCAAGGUUGCAAAGUGUAACUGAAUUUAUGUUCCAUAUUGUCCAACAGGCCACAGUACUUAGAGAAGAGCCAGAGAGACAUGACAGGGAAAGGAGAGAAGCAAGCAGGUUUACACCUAGAUCUGCCACGCCAAGAGAACAUGUUCAGUCGGGGGGAAAUCAUGUGGGGUGGGCAGGGGUUAUGGUUAAAAAAAGUGUCAAAAGUACUUUAGUCUUGAAGGAUAUUUUCUAGUUUGUAGUUUUUCCUCUUUUUGCCUGUGAAGUGCAAAGCAUUCCAGUGAGGUUUUAUUCAGGGUUUAAUUUUUGUGUUGGCCUUUUUCUUCAACCAGUAGGUUGUCUUCUGCUUUUACAUGUAAACAGUCACCAAUCAAGAUUAAAUAAACCGCUCCAAUCUUUUUUUAUUUAA